AUGUUUUUCCCCCCGACCGCUUGGAGAGCCCCCAAGACCCCCACAGACCCCUGUCCGUUGUUGGACGGCCCUAGAGGGACCGGAUCGUCAUCGGACGACCCAGACAGACCCCCAACGCCCUGGAGCACUCCCCAACCCACUAGAAGCAAACGAGGCCCCAGAGCCCCAGCAAGGCCCCAGAAGCGCCCCAGAGCACCAGCAAAGCUCCUGAAGCGCCCCAGAGCCCCAGCGAGGCCCCAGAAGCGCAGCAAGAAGCCCCAGAGCCCUAUCAAGGCCCCAGGAACGCAGCAAAGCGCCCCAGGACGCUAA